AUGAAUUUUGACGAUUGUUUCCAUAACGAUAUAUCAAAUUCCAUUCGCUUGAAGAAAUCAGAAACCGUUUCAACCUCAGCUUCGGCGCUUAAUUCGACAUUCAAGUCUUCUUCAAAACCAGCCAAUUCUAAUCUCACUAGAUAUAAGAAUUAUCAAAACAUCGCAAAUGGUAAUUAUUACAAUAAUAAUAUUGACAGCAUUGAUAAUAAUAGGAAAUCCGAUGAUUAUAGCCAAACAGAUUUAAGUUCGAGCCCAACCAAAUCCACAGUUAAGACAAUCGUUCCAGCAAUAAAUAGCUCUAAUAAUUUCAACAAUCUUAAUUUCAAUCGUCCAUUAUCGGCAUCUUCCAUCAAUUCAGUCAAUUCAAUUGAGGAAUUUAAGUUUCACGAUGAAUUAUUUGAUUCAAAUAAUCUAUUACUGAAAAACUCAACUUCAAACUUAAUUAAAUGGUCAAAUAAAUUAGAGUUGGAAUCAAUCAAUUUGAAGAAAAUAAUCAAUUUAUUUAAAAAUGAUUUAUUGAACUUGAUUAAUAACCAAUUGAUAAAUAAAUUUUUAAUUAAUUUUGAUAAUUCAUUAAAUAAUUUAUCGACUUUUCUUGACAGUAAUAAUUCCAAUAAUUCUUCUAAUAUAAAUCUAAAUCUAAAUGAUAUAGCUGAUAAAAUCAAUAAAAAUUUAAAUAAAAACUUGAACAAACAUUUUAAAAAUCAAAUAACCUAUUUUGAUAAUAAUUUGAUUAAUUUUGAGAAAAAUUUUAACAAAAUCAUAUCCUCAAAUAAUGAUAUAAUUAUUGAUAAAAUUACCAGUUCUUUAUCAGUUAAACUCAAUUCGGAUUUAUUAAAAUUUCAAGAUGAUUUGAUUAAAAAUAUUAAUAAUUCAAUCAAAAUUGAUGUUUCGAAUCUUAAUAAUCUUAAUAAUAAUCUUAAUAAUAGUGAUGAUUUUAAUAAUGUUAAUAAUGUUAAUAAUGUUAAUAAUGUUAAUAAUAUCAAUAAUAUCAAUGCAGAUAAUCAUAAUAUUUUAAUUGAUAAUAAUAGAAUUUUUAAACAAAAAAAAAGAAAACCAAUGACUAGAAAAAAUUACAAAACUGAUAUUAAUAUCGACGAUUAUAAACCCAAAUUUGAAAUUCCAAAUGCCUCCAUAUCAUCAAAUAAUAUUAUAAAUUCUGAUAGAUGUAGAAGCACAUUGAACUCAGCAUCAUCAACUAGUAGAUCAAUAACUAAAUUUUCUUCGGAUAAUAAUAAUAAUAAUAAUAAUAAUAAUAAUAAUAAUAUUAACACUAGAAAAAAAACUCAAAAUAUAAAAGAAAUUUUGUCAAAAAAGAAAAAUAGUAUAAUAUGUACACCAAGAAAGACAGCAUAUUUAAUUCCAAAAGUUAAAAGACGUCGAUUAAAAUGUUUUAACUGCAUUAAAAAAAAAAGAGCUUGUGAUAAAUUGAAACCAGUAUGUUUAUCGUGUAUUAGUAAUAAUUUAUCGAGUUUAUGUUUUUAUGAAUUGCCUGAUCAUCUAUACUCAAUUGAUAAUCAGCAAAAUGGAAAAAACCAUAUUGAAGAUAAAAUCAACAAUAAUGGUUAUGAUAUGAAUAAUGAUAAAUCGAAUCGAAUAUUAAAUUUUAGUGACUCUAAACAAAUUGAAUAUGAUCAUAAUCAUGAUAAUGAUAAUGAUAAUGAUAGUGAUAGUGAUAGUGAUAGUGAUAAUGACAAUAAUAUUGAAAUGUUUGAUGAUGAAGAGACUACAUUGGUGAAUGAAAAAGAAAACUCUUUUGAUAUUACUAGAUAUAUGAAUAAACAUAAAAUUAGAAAUAGAAAAAAAACUAAUUUUGAGGGCUAUGAUAUUAUAUCCAACAAAUUUACUGAUAAUAUCAAUGACAGGAACAAAAAAACUAUUUUAUCAAGUGACGAUUACCUUGAUGGUAUAUGA